GCCGGCAGCGAAGAUUGCAGCACAAGGCCGUCGAGUGGCAACUCACAGCCUCCGCCUGCUGGGCAGCCAGAUUCGGGUUCGCAGCCAGCUUGGCAGCCGCCGCUGCCACGGUCACCCAUGCGGCGGAUGGAUUGGCCUGAAGCCAACCCAGCAGCCACCACGACGGAACUUCGCUCAACUGCUUCCUUUGGCAGCUUCGAGGGUACACCCACUAGGCGGGAGCAGGCUGUGCCUCCAAGCACGACUCCUCCGCCUACAUCGCCACCACGGGCAAAGGUGGCUGCUGUCCGAGUGCUUCGGAGAGCCCCGGAAAGCCCCGAGAAGACGCAGAAAGCUCCGCCACCUUUGCCAGCGCUUCCGCCCACAGCGGUGAGGAUAACUGGCCACAGAGGGAGCUCCACUCCUCAGGAGCAACCGUCGUCACACAGGAGCCGAGCUGACUCCUGGGAAGCGUCGAG